AUGAACAGAGGAGAGGCUCUCCUAGUUCAUCAUGACGACCAAGACCAUCCAUGGGAACUCGCAAUUCCAAAAGCCCUCUCCACUACGCUGGACCCGAUGAAGGGUACCGUAAUGAAAUUGACCACAUCAUCUUCUAUCCGACCACCACCUCCUCCGAGGAAGAUUUUCCUUCACAAGAAAAGAAGAGAAAGCCACCAAGUUCAGAGAGAGUCAUCCCAGAACUAUCAUCAGCUGGGAUCUCUUCGCUACGUUAGCCGACUUUUGGGAAGAUCCCGCAAUGGACAACGGAAUAAGACAGGCUCUUUGAUUGAAACUCUUGAGCUGAUACGCCAGCGUGGAGCAACACGGGCCGCAGGGAACCAAGAACUCACGUCCGAGCUCGCAAGGGUUCGCAGAGAGAGGAUGAAGGAAGGCCUUAGAAAGAGAAGAGCAGAAGUGCUGGCUGAAGCUGCAGAGGCGGGAAAAGCAUCCGCCAUGCCCGUCGAGAAUUCGCCAGUCGCAAGACGAGGAUGA